ACAUCAGAAUGACCAGCCUUGCAGACAAGUUACAAGACUUGGAGCUGUGUCUCAAGAGUCGACACGGCCAGUCGCAUGUAGUAGGCUAUGGGCGGGCACUUAGAAAAGCCAUUCUUCAGAUGGAUCUGUUUUUGGAGGCAGAAAUCUUCAAAAGUCUUGGAGACCUGCAUCUUAAGGAAGGUAUGCUUAGUAAAGAUUCAGCAGAGCUUGACAAGGUUGCUGCCAUGUAUACUGCUGCCCUGCUACGAUGCAAUGAUUCAGACAUUAGACAAACACUGGAACAUCGUAUCGGCUACAUGGAGAAACUGUCCAGACAACUUCUGCAGGGGUACACUCCGCAGUAUCAGUCACUAGACUCCUGGAGUAUAACUGACAUCAAUGUCUUAAGGGUGGCAGAAACUUGUGAAAAAUUGGACAGAAGUACUAGUAUCUGUCAACCCCCAGCCUGGCAAUCCGUGGAUGUGGAGACUGUUUAUACAGAGGCAUUAGUAACUGCAGUAGAAAAUAGGGAUGUGUUCUUGGAGAUUGAGAUUUUAAAAUCUCUAGGAGAUCUCUACAUCAAGAAAGGCAGGGAAAUAUGUGGUGUUUCAGAGUUCUCAAAGGCAGCUACGAUGUACGGCAGGGCACUGACAAUAUGCAGGGAUCCUGGGGUCAAACAGACUCUGCAUCAUCGUGUUUUGUACACGGUGAAGAUCUGGGGAGCAAUUAGAAUGCGACUGGAAUCAAAGAAAUCAAGGCAGAGAGAAAGAAGAUCACCAGAGGGGCACCAGGUUGGGGAAAACAGUGGAGCUGACGUCCAUCCAGGCACAAGAAGCCUAAGCUCGUCAAGCGAGCAAGGAAUGGCCACUGUUGCAGGAGGGGGUAUUGAAGAGGAAAGACUCAGGGAUAGUAAGUACAAAGGUCACUUGAAGAAAGGUAAAUCAUCCCUUGCCAAGGCAGACCUGAUCUCAGCAGAGCAUCACUUUGCAGCAGCACUCAAGACAGUGCACAUAUCAGAUCCUACAGCCGAGCAGUGCCAGAGAGAGGUGGAGCCCCUGUGUAAGUUGGGGGAUGUCUACAGUAAGCGAGGUCAGCAGACAGGAGACGGGGGAGACUUUGUCAAAGCAGCAGCACUCUACAAUGCAGCAAUAGUCAGGUCAAAGAAUCAAGUCCUAAUUGGUAACAUAGUAAAAGCUAUUGAAGAAGUAGAGAAAUCAUUCCUUAAAUCGAUAUUAAGAAUUCAUAGUAAUGUAAGCCAUAAGAACACAAAUCGUCAUAAGAAACAGCUAAAGGAGAUGCGGGACCAGAUCAAGCUGGAGAUGGAAACCAUUGACCAGCAGCUGGAUCCCUAUGUGCAUGAUGAGGAUGACCCAUGUGUCAAAGAUAUAGAGGCAAGGCGAGCUCAGGCUGUUAGGCAGUUGUUUGAGAGAAUUGCACGAGAAAGGAAGGGAUUUAUCAGCCAGCUUGUAGAAGAGUGUAUUGGGUUAAUGGGUCCCCCUCCCUGUAAGUAUGCCCUCAUAGGUUUAGGUUCACAGGCCACUGGGCUAGUAACUCCAUAUUCAGAUCUGGAGUUCGCCAUCUUGCUAGAAGAUGAAAGUGAACGUUGUGUGGUGUAUUUCCGCAACCUCACCCACUAUCUACACCUCAAGGUUGUCAACCUGGGAGAAACCAUUCUCCCAUCAGUAGGGAUAGAAACGCUAAACAACUUUCAUUCUGGGAACCCCGUUGACAACUGGUUCUAUGACUCUAUUACGCCUCGUGGGUUUGCAUUUGAUGGCUCCAUGCCAAAGGCAAGCAAGACUCCACUAGGCAGGCAGGAAACUAUGAACAAACCGUCCAGUGAACUCAUUUGUACCCCAAAGAACAUGGUUUCAAAACUGCUAAAGGAUGUCACGUUGUACCUGAAGGAAGGAUAUCACCUUGCCACAAUCUUAAGAAAUCCAUGCCUGAUAGCAGGGGAUCAGAAAUUGAUCAGCACAUAUAUGGCCAUUACAAGAAAGAUACUGCAAGCUGAUCGGGGUAAAAUUGCUCAACAACUCGCACAGGAGACACUAAGAGAAAACUAUAAAAGCUGCAAUUUUAAGGAAACAAUCACAGCAAAGAUGAUCGAUGUAAAGAAAACCCUUUAUCGCUUCCCUGCUGUAGCGGUGGAUUACUUAUCAUUGUCUGUACAUAUUGUACCUACCACAGUUUGGGAGACAAUAGAAGAAAUGAAAAACAAACAAGCGAUCAGUGACAGCAAUGCACAUCACCUCACAGUUCUCGCCAGUAUCUCAGCAGAACUCAGGCUCAAAACCUACAUUGCCAAUGGUGGGCAAAAGGAAAAAUUGUCAGCUAUGGCCUCAAUGGAAACAAUGCAAAAUAGUCAGGAAUCAUACUUACAGACCAAUAAUCAUGAUGUACAAACAAAUGCACUUAAACUAGUUUUUUAUUUACCAAAUGAAAAACAGCUUCUCAGAUACUACCAUACAGCAGUUCCUCUCAAACGUGUUCUAUCUGCCAUUAAACAGUCUGGCGUUGAAUGGUCUGGAAUGAAGAAAGUUUCUAAUUCUUUCCCAGAGUUCUAUGAUAGUUCUCCAAAAGUACAAGCAGAGAUGUACUUCAAGUUAUGCAAAUAUAGACAGGCUAUCAGCUACCUAAAUGAGGCCCUUAAUACAUCUGAGGGAACUGAAACUGAAGAGGUUGUGGGUCUGCUUAACAGUAUUGGACACGCUAGUCUCUUCGUUGGUGAUCAUGACAAAGCUAUCAGCUUCCUUGAACAGGCACUGAAGAUGCAUGAAAAAAUCACUGAAAAGAGUACCGUACCGAGUACCCCAACAAGUCAUACCCUUGGAAGUAUUCUCAGUAACCUAGGGCUAGCAUGGGGAAAGGCAGGAGAUCACCGGAAAGAAAUCUGCUAUCUUGAACAGACACUACAGAUCGAAAGAAAUACUUCUGGUCAGAGUGAAGCCAAUUCUGUCAUUGCUAUUUCACUUGCCAACCUAGGGUCAGCUUGGUAUUUUGAAGGUGAUUUCAGGAAAGCAAUCAGCUACUAUGAACAAGCACAGCAAGCUGUUGUGAAGGCCAAUGAUGAGUCUUCACCACAUAUUGACAUUUCUAGUUUACUAGGCAACCUGGGUGAAAUCUGGGGUGAUCUGGGUGAACACAGGAAAAGCGUUAGCUACCACGAGCAGGCACUCCAGAUGAAUAGGCGUAUGUACGGUCAGCACACAGCACAUCCAGACAUUGCCUUGUCACUAGGUCGUCUGGGGAAAGCCUUUUAUCGUGAAGGUGAUUACAGAAAAGCGAUCAGCUACAAUGAACAGGGGCUGCAGAUGUACAGGGCUAUCUAUGGUGAGAUUUCGCCACAUCCUGAUAUUUCGAAAUUUCUUAACAUUCUAGGGCUGGCCUGGGAAGGACUCGGUGAACAUAGGAGAGCUAUUAGCUACCAUGAACAGGCACUGACGAUUAGAAGGAGAAUCUAUGGUCAGAGUGCACCACAUCCUGACAUUGGGGAAUCACUAAACAAUAUGGGAUCAGUAUGGCACAAGCUGGGGGAUUUUAAGAAAUCAAAAAUCUACUCUAAGCAGGCACUCAAGAUAUACAUGAAUGUCUAUGGUCCGACUAGCGCACAUCCUUUCAUUAUUCCAGUACUAAACAGCAUAGGGUACUCUUUGAUCAGUUUGAAUAAAAGUAGAAAAGCUAUCCCCUACUUUGACAGGGCACUGCACAUGUUGCGCAUAAACGGGCAGAGUAAAACACAUCCUGUCAUUGCUACAGUACUGAACAACCUUGGACAAGCUUGGGGUAAACUGGGUGAACACAGGAGGGCAGUUUGCUACCAUGAACAGGCAAUACAGAUGAUAAGGAGUAUCUAUGGUCAGCAAAUAGCACAUCCUGACAUUGCCACAUAUCUUUGCAACCUAGGGUUAGCUUAUCAGUAUCUGUCUGAUUUCAACAAAGCAAUCAAAUGCCAUGAAGAGGCACUUAAAAUGUUUAAAAGUGUCUAUGGCCCCCAAACAGCACAUCCUCUAAUUGCGAUAUUACUCAAUAACUUAGGAAUUAUUUCGUAUAAAUUCCGACAUUUCAGGGCAGCUAAAAGAACCCUCAGAGAGGCCUUGGCUAUGGCAAAGCGAAUCCAUCCCCAGGAUCAAAACCAUCAAAUGAUAAAAGUAAUUGAAAUGGGCCUUGCUUCGUUAAACGGUAAAUUACACACAACAGAAUUCUUAUACACGAUGACAAUCCCACUGCUCUGAGUCACAAACCAUUAGCAACUCUAUACUUGAUUUCGUCAAACGAUAAACCAGAUAGUAUAUUUGAGUCAGUUUAGACGGACUUAUCCGUUAGAUAGAUCCAUCUAUUUAUCUAUGUCAAAACGGGUGGGUAGCCCCUACAACUCAACUGAUAUAAAUGUAAGAAAUGAGUGAUAACUUAUUGGCAAGAAGAAAUAUGAAAAUCGUAAGAUUUAUGUGAUAGAUAUUCAUGUAUUGUUUCUUUUGAAUAAAAAAAUGCACAGUUCAGUAAAUAAACUGUAAAACUUGGCAUAAAGACAAAGUUGUGUGCUGCAUAUUACUGUAUCUUUGACAUUUUGUUAUCUCAUAAAUAAAGAAAUCCUGCAACAAGUCAUAAUGCAGUUCUGUAGUGGAUGAAUGAAUUAGUAAAAUGCCCAAGAAAGAAUGCAAAAACCUGCCGACCCUAGAAUUUAUUUAGUGUUAACAUAAAUGUUCUUUUUGUUUUUCAUCUCUAUCCUUUACGAACUUAGAAAAUUGUUAUUG